UUGUUAGUUUAGCUGCUUAUUAAGCUCUUUUUCUGAAUUAACAAGCGCUAAAAUCCACAAAGUUAUAUCAGUGUUUAUUGUUACGUUUGUUAGCAGUAGAUCUUUUUGCUUUAAGCACAAUCAGUAACUUGUUAAUGUUUGUCGCCAACAUGUCUCUGUUCGGUCAUCUCUAUUUCAGAAGGAAAGAAAAACUGAACAUUUCCUUGUGACUUAAAGAGGAUUAUGGGAUGUUAGGAUGGAUUGGGGUCCAGUUCUGCCGGACAGCUUGGUUUUGGAGAUCUUCCUGCACCUGCCCCACGAUGCCGUGCUGAGAGCCGGCCUGACCUGCAGACAGUGGCAGGCGGUCUCCAGAGAUGAGUUCCUGUGGAGGGAGCUGUUCUACAGUUACUACCGGAUACCGCGCUCCGUUCCUCGACACCCGUCGGCCGUGUCGUGGUACAGGGAGUUCAAGCGUCUGUAUGACUGCAUCCCUUGUGUGGAAGUCCAGACGCUGAGGGAGCACAGUGACCAGGUGCUUCACUUGGCUUUCUCUCACAGGGGCCAUCGCUUCUCUUCCUGCUCUAAGGACUGCACAGUGAAGCUGUGGGACACGGAGCGGCAGGAUGGAAACAUCUCGCUGGUGCACAGCUCCAGCAUGCGUCAGUUCAACUGGGGCUACACCCAGUUCUCCCAGUUUAACCCAGACGAUACCCUGCUGCUCGUAUCCGGCGUCUACCUGGGACCACACCACUCGUCUUCUGGGGAAAUUGCCGUCAUUAGUCUGGACAAUUACACGCUGCUGUCGCGGGUCAGGAACAAACCGUACGACGUGUUUGGCUGCUGGCUGAACGAGACGCACCUGAUCUCGGGGAACCUGCACUGGAUCGGCAACAUGACGUCCUGCUCGGUGCUCUGGCUCAACAAAGCUUUCCAGGAUAUUGAGUCCGAGAACGUGAACGUCGUGAAGCGUCUUUUCAAGAUCCAGAACAUCAACGCCAGCACCAUCCGGACGGUGAUGGUGGCGCACUGCCGCCGCCACGACAACCCGGACCUGCUGCUGGACUACGAGGCUCAGUCUCAGGCGAGGCGGCAGAAAGCGGAGCAGGACAAUCAGCAUCACCCUCUUCUUUUCGACCUGGGGGCCUCGGACAGCGAGGAGGAGGAGGAGGCGGAGAGCGAGGAGCAAUGCGGCACGGACGGACGGAGUCACGGCUUCUCGUCCGCACGGACCCCCCAGCCCACGAUAUCCGGCCUGGACCACGUCAUUCAUAGCCGUAAACACGUGGGGGCCAGGGAGCUGCAGAUUGAGACCCAGGUUGCUCAGAUGAUGGGUAGAGCCUACACCAAGGCGCCCGACCCCAGCCUCAUCGACCCCUCCGAGCCCGGAGAGGGCGAGGAUAAAACGUACUUACUCUUCACCACCGGCAGCCUUACCUACUCCCCCCACCAGAUAGGCAUUAAGCGCAUCAAGCCCGACCAGAUGACCACCUCCGGCCCCGUGCUCGGAGAGGAGAGGAGCUCCGAGGAGUUCUUUGAUUCACUGGACCACGUCAUUGACAUUCACGGCCACAUCAUUGGAAUGGGCCUUUCUCCUGACCACAGGUACCUGUACGUAAAUAGCCGAGCUUGGCCGAAGGGAUGCGUGAUCUCAGAUCCCAUGUCCCCGCCUCCCAUCGCCGAGGAGAUAGACAUGCACGUCAUCGACCUGAAGAGCUUGAGGGAGGAGAGGAGAAGCCUCCGGGCCCACCGGGCCUUCACGCCCAACGACGAGUGCUUCUUCAUCUUCCUGGACGUCAGCAGGGACUUCGUUGCCAGCGGAGCCGAGGACAAGCACGGCUACAUCUGGGACCGCCACUACAACAUCUGCCUCGCGCGGCUGGCGCAUGACGACGUGGUGAACUCGGUGGCGUUCAGCCCCGCCGACCAGGAGCUGCUGCUGUCCGCCAGCGACGACUCCACCAUCAAGGUGUGGCGCUCGCCGCGCAUGGUGCGCCUCUCUCAGGCGUCGCCCCGGCAGCUGAGGCCCCGCAGCCUGCUGCCGUCCUGGCUGCUGCGCCACAAGAACUCCACGUUUUCGGGCAGCGUGAACGGGAAAGCCGUGAGCGAGGGCUGGAAGAAACCUUCGGAGGGGAAGUAGAGCGGGGGCGGGGGAAGGGAAGAAGACGGAGGUGAGACGGUUCAAACACUCCGCGCGUGUGUGUGUGUGUGUGUGAGCAGCGUGUGUUCUCAACCUAAAGCACUCAGAACACAGAGGGAAUUGUGGGGAUGCAGACACAAGGGGGCGACGUUGCACCGACAGAAGGGAGGAAUGACAUCCAGUGCUGCUACUGAGGAUCUUCCCGUUGAUACCAGAUGAAUGAAGUGAGACAGAACUCUGAGACGCUAUCAUGCUUGUUUUUUUGUUGUUGUUGUUUUUAUCUGUACCGACGCACCCGACCCGAACGGACUAACAGAGACGCAGAGGUGGCUCCUUUCCUAAUCAUGGUUGUUCUCAUUCAGGGUCAAGUGCAGUGACUGACAAUUUAUUAUUAUUUUUUAUUAUUAUUCCUAAAACAAUCUUUAAUUGGUGCCCUUUAUGAAACACAUCUUUGUUGAAUGAAACCACAGUUUAAAAGCUAUAUUUAAUGUAGUCUUCCUUAGUUUUAUUGGUCUCACAUCCCGUUGUUUAAAAAAGAAAAAAAAAUAUAUUGUUAUUGUAAUAAAUGUAGAGUUAUUGAGCAGUUUAAUAUAAAAGUUGGCCCAGAGCAUGACUGUAAA